UUCUAUCACCUAGACCAUGACGGGCGGGCGUCGAAUCUGUUCACCGGCCGGCGGCAACAACCCAUCGCAAGGCUCUGGUCCAUCAUAGGAAAUGCUACUAUUACUCCACCAUUCGAGCCUAGCCUUCUCCCACGGGAGAUUUUUGACUCUGAAUGUUUUGCUCAUGCGGCCCGUUCGGGAAGCUGCCGUACCUCGGGACGGCGGUACAAUUCCCGUCCUAUCCGACCUGUCCGGAUUGUAUCCUCCGUGCCGCUGGGAAUGGGCGUCAACCGUACCCAUCCACUCUGUUCCGGUCAUGUCAGUGUCACGGUAUGGAUCAACUCUGACACCGCAGAGGCGCCUGAUCUUGUUGCUUGCACAUAUGAAGGAGCAGCUGAAUGUUCGGAGUCAACGGGAUACUGGGAGCGAGACGUUGAGAGUUUCAUGUCGCGCCCUACUGUCUAUAUGCAAGUACCACGCUCUGUAUACCGUGUAAGUGGCCUGCCUCACCCAAUCUUCGCAUUUGAUCUGCAUCGUCAACAUCUACUCCGUCCAACCAACGCGGCGAUUGGAGACAUCGCCUCGGAAAGUCCAGAGGCAGAAUACUCCAUCCCCGCAGUCCCGAGGCAGGCAUCGCACAUUCAU